AUGGCGAGGUGGGCUUUCAGUUUGGUGUUCCUUUGCGCUCUUCUCGCCGGACGUCAGGCGGCGGCCAGGGCUUUGGCCGGCGAUGCUGGCCUUGCCGACCAGAAGAACUUCGCCUCUUUCGGAGGCGUCGGUGGCUACUCCGGCGUCGGCAGUGGCGGCAUUCCGUACGGCGGCGUCGGCGCCGGAGUUGGCGGCGGCGGUGGUCUCGGUGGGGUGAAUGGUUUCGGCGGCAUCGGAGGUGGUGUUGGGACUCUGCCGUCCGGCGGUGCUGGCGGCAUAGGGAAUCUUGGAGGCAUUGGGAACCUUGGCGGCUUAGGUGGCGAUGCUGGUGGCAUAGGGAAUCUUGGCGGCAUUGGGAAUCUUGGCGGCUUAGGUGGCGGUGCUGGCGGCGGAGCUGGAGCCGGCGUCUUGCCAUACCCUUGA